ACACCACCUCCGUCAUCGUCACCGUGUGGGUGGCUGUCGAUCUCUCGCUGUCGUCUUCGAUUUCUAUGUCGAUCUAAGAGCUUAACCAAGUGUAAGAUCAACAACAAUGGCGUUGGCGUUCGAUGAAUACGGUCGGCCGUUCAUAAUCUUAAGGGAACAAGAAAGUAAGAGUAGGUUAAGAGGUUUAGAUGCUCAGAAAGCCAACAUUUCUGCCGGCGUCGCCGUCGCUCGCAUCCUUCGGACUUCUCUUGGUCCGAAAGGCAUGGACAAGAUGCUCCAGAGCCCCGACGGCGAUAUCACCAUAACAAAUGAUGGUGCAACAAUCUUGGAGCAGAUGGAUGUUGACAAUCAAAUUGGUAAAUUGAUGGUUGAGCUAUCACGUAGUCAAGACUAUGAGAUUGGUGAUGGAACAACAGGAGUUGUUGUUAUGGCUGGUGCACUGCUAGAACAGGCUGAACGGUUAUUGGAACGUGGUAUUCAUCCAAUUAGAGUUGCAGAAGGCUACGAGAUAGCUUCAAAGAUUGCUGUUGAUCAUUUGCAACAAAUAUCACACAAAUUUGAGUUCAGUGCUACACAUAUAGAACCUCUGGUUAAAACUUGCAUGACUACAUUAUCCUCUAAGAUUGUGAAUCGUUGCAAGCGCACUUUGGCCGAGAUUGCUGUGAAGGCAGUCAUGGCAGUUGCAGAUUUGGAGAGGAAGGAUGUAAACUUAGACCUCAUUAAAGUGGAGGGAAAAGUGGGUGGGAAAUUGGAGGAUACAGAGCUCAUUUAUGGGAUUCUUGUUGACAAAGAUAUGAGUCACCCACAGAUGCCAAAGCAAAUUGAGGAUGCAAAAAUUGCCAUUUUAACUUGCCCCUUCGAGCCUCCAAAGCCAAAAACCAAACAUAAGGUUGACAUUGAUACAGUCGAGAAGUUCCAAACAUUACGCCAGCAAGAGCAGAAGUACUUUGAUGACAUGGUUCAGCAAUGCAAGGAUGUUGGAGCUACCCUGGUGAUUUGCCAAUGGGGUUUUGAUGAUGAAGCAAAUCACUUGUUGAUGCACAGAAAUUUACCUGCUGUCAGAUGGGUUGGUGGUGUUGAAUUAGAGCUUAUAGCAAUAGCCACUGGUGGAAGAAUCGUUCCCAGGUUCCAGGAAUUAACACCUGAAAAGUUAGGCAAGGCUGGUUUGGUUAGAGAGAAGGCAUUUGGUACCACAAAAGAUCGGAUGCUAUAUAUUGAGCAUUGUGCAAAUUCAAGAGCUGUAACCGUAUUUAUUCGUGGUGGUAACAAGAUGAUGAUAGAGGAGACCAAGCGCAGCAUCCAUGAUGCAUUGUGCGUUGCCAGAAACCUCAUCCGCAAUAAUUCCAUCGUCUAUGGUGGCGGCGCAGCAGAAAUUUCAUGCUCAAUUGCAGUGGAAGCAGCUGCUGAUAAAUAUCCAGGAGUUGAGCAGUAUGCCGUCAGGGCCUUCGCAGAUGCCUUGGAUUCUGUCCCCAUGGCCCUUGCAGAGAAUAGCGGUCUGCAACCCAUUGAAACACUAUCUGCAGUGAAAUCUCAACAAAUAAAGGACAACAACCCUUGUUGUGGCAUAGACUGCAAUGAUGCUGGCACAAACGACAUGCGUGAGCAAAAUGUAUUUGAAACACUUAUUGGAAAGCAACAGCAGCUGUUGCUUGCCACACAAGUCGUCAAGAUGAUCUUGAAGAUCGAUGACGUCAUAUCUCCAACCGAGUAUUAAUUUUCAGGUACUUGACUUCCAAGUUCUUUUUUCCUACCAAAUUUGUGUUAAAAAAACAAUUUUGUAACGUGUUUUCUGCUUAAAUAUUUCCGUCUUUUAUUAUUUUCGAGUGACAAUUGUCGAAAGCCCUAAUUUUCUUUGCUAUGUUAAAAAAAGGGUAGUGGUGUGAAAUCGUUCGUAGAACCAUUCAACAGUAGAUUAUUACUUGUAUUUCUAUUUGCAGAGGUGAAAGGGAUUUGGUAUUUCUGUGUCUUA